UCACCAUGAUGACCAAGGUCUGGGGUUUCUACUGCGCCAGGACUUGAUUCACAACUCUGGAUACGGAUUUGCUGACUUAAAUGGCUUAGCACAAAGUCUCUGUAGGGAAAUCCUGAAUUUCCACCUGGAUUAAAGUUUCGAACAGUGAGGAUACCUGCGCUUGGGAAUGAAUCUGUGAACGCUACCGUGGAGGACACACUAAUUAGAAAGUACAGUGAAGUAGCAAAUAUUUCACCGUACCCGCAUCAUUGACAGUGUCCAACUUUAAGAAUCCAGGAGCUAUGCAGGCAGCCUGUGUCUGGAUUGUCAGAGCUUCUGUCCUCCUGCUGUUGCUUUGGUCAGACCUCCUGGACUGCCAGCACACAGGUGACCACAGGAAGGUGACUCAGAGGGCAGAGCGCCAACAGGAGUUCAGGGCAGAGCAUGGAGAAAUUCAGGGCUCCUGGGGCGCCUGGGGGCCCUGGUCAACCUGCUCCCGGACCUGUGGAAGAGGGGUACAAGAGCAGAGCAGGCCUUGCCUGCCUGUUUACACUCCAUCCCAAUACCCCUCUAGAAGAGCUGGUGUUCACCCCCAGCAACCAGGCCACGUCAUUUCAGCCCUGCGGCCAACAGUUCCUCUGCACCACAACGCAGGCAGGUCCUCAAACAGCAGCAGCCGGGGAGAUCAGAAGAGGGCGAAGGAGACCCGGCUUAGUGGACGCAGGAGGGUCACUCAGAUCAUCCCGGGGAGGUAUGGCUACGGGAGAGCUCCUUAUGUUGCUCCUCUUCAGGCGGACACAGGCCAGGGCUCAGGGACGGCUCGCCCUCACAGACGGAGACGCUCUGCUGCAGCUGAUGCCCACCACCCUACCACUAGUGGUCGCGGUGGCCAAAGGUCAAACAACCUGGACCCCUCCAACAACCUCCAUCACUAUGGCAGACCCUACAUGCAGCCCCGGGCACAGCAGCCCAAAAAUAACCAAGUCUGGGCCCCCCUCUACCAGCCUGGUUUGGCCAACCAUGCUCAGGGCCAGCAGGAGCCACAUUCGAGCAGCCAGACAUCUGGACCACAGCAGCACCCAGAGAGACCCUACAACCCCCUGCCUAGUUCUUUCUGCACAGGGGAACAUGCUCACUACAGGAUCUGCAACAGUAAUGCCUGUCCUCCAUCCAGCAGACAUAUCAGGGCUGUUCAGUGUUCUUCAUACAACAACCAACCUUUCAUGGGCAGAUUGUACGAGUGGGAACCUUUCAAUGAGGUUCCUGGGGAUCAGCAUUGUGAACUGAACUGCCGGGCUAUAGGGUUCAGGUUCUACGUGCGACAGUCGGAGAAGGUGAUCGAUGGGACGCCAUGUGGGCAGAAUGAUACUUCUCUCUGCGUGGCGGGAAAGUGUUCGGAUCUAGGCUGCGAUGAGUACCUCGGAUCAGGGAAGGCGAUGGACAAAUGUGGAGUGUGUGGAGGCGACAACACAACCUGCAGGCUGGUCUCUGGAGUGUUUAAACACAGUUUAACCAAGAUUGGCUACCACAAGAUAGUGGAGAUCCCAGAGGGAGCCACCAAGAUCAACGUCACAGAAAUGGUGAAGAGCAGAAACUAUCUAGCUCUCCGAAGCCGAUCGGGGCGAUCCAUCAUUAAUGGAAACUGGGCUAUUGACCGACCAGGGAAGUAUGAGGGAGGGGGGACUAUGUUCACCUACCGCCGACCCAACGAAAUCAGAAGCACAGCUGGGGAGUCCUUUCUUGCUGAAGGACCCACCAAUGAGAUCCUGGAUGUUUAUAUGAUCUUCCAGCAGCCAAACCCUGGUGUCCACUACGAGUACCUUCUCCCCUCUGAACAAACGGUCGUCCCUCAGCAACCAAACCACAGACCAGAUGCAGGGAACACUGUGAAUGGACAGGGUGGAUACGACCAUCACAGCAACACUCACCAAAAAAACUUCAAUCCAGCAGGUGGUGGGUGGGACCCUCCUCGUCUCCCAGACAACCAGGUUCCUGCCGUACAGCCACCCAGACAGGAGAGAGAGUACAACUGGAAACUGGCUGGUGCUACAGAGUGUAGUGCCUCUUGUGGUAAAGGAUUCAGAUACUCCAUCUUUCACUGUGUCUCCCGGCUGAACCAUGGCCAGGUAUCAGAUGCUCUUUGUGACAGCAGCAGUAGACCGACUCCGCAGGAAGAGGCCUGCAACUUGCAGCCCUGCCCAGCCUUCUGGGAUAUUGGCGAGUGGUCAGAAUGCAGUAAGACCUGCGGCCUGGGCAUGCAACACCGUCAGGUCCUGUGUCGCCAGAUUUACGCCAACCGCACCCUCAACGUCCACACGAGUCGCUGCCGACACUUGGAGCGGCCCGAAAUUGCCACUACUUGCCAGCUGAAGAUCUGCAGUGAGUGGCAGAUACGCUCUGAGUGGACCACUUGUUCGGUGCCAUGUGGGCUGGGUCAGAGAUCACGGGAGGUCCGCUGUGUCAGCAACAUAGGCGACUUUGUUCCUGAUGAAGAGUGCAACAUGAAUCUGCGGCCCAUCGAUGUAGAGAACUGUGACAUGGGAUCCUGUGCCAAGAGCUGGUUCUACACUGAGUGGGGCAAUAGGUGCUCAGCUGAAUGUGGGAUGGGUGUACGGACGCGGGGAAUCGUCUGCCUGACCAACCACAUCAGCAGCCUUCCUCUGGAGGGGUGUGGCAGCGAGCGGCCCGCAGAUUCUCAGGUCUGCAACAACGGCCUCUGUGAGAAUCGCAUCGAGUGGUUCACAGGCCCCUGGAGCCAGUGCUCUGCAGAGUGUGGCGCAGGCAGCCAGCAUAGGUCAUUGGUGUGUCUGAUAAAGUCAGAUGAGGGAUUCAACAUCAUGCCACCGUAUGAGUGCUCCUCACUGGAUCGGCCCCUCAGCCAGCAGAGCUGCAACCUCAAGGCCUGUGGAGCAAAGUGGUACCACACUGACUGGAGUGCUUGUUCAAAAACAUGCGAGGGAGGUUUCCGUGUGCGGGAGGUGCGUUGCCUGUCUGACGACAUGCUGUCCAGUGAAGGCUGCGACCAGCAGCUGAGACCGGCAGCCAAGGAGGACUGCAACCCAGAGCCCUGCAUACCUAGCAUAGAUGAAAACUGCAGAGACAAAUACUUCAACUGCAAUGUGGUGGUCCAGGCUCGCCUUUGCGUGUACGAUUACUACAAGACGACGUGCUGUGCUUCGUGUUCACGAGUAGCUCACAGACAGUUGAUUCAUCUGGGCCGCAGCUAGCACUCUCUACCAGGGUCCCUCAGCUCCAUGUUGGGCAAGACUCAAUAGCCGCUGCAGGCACUUUGCUCCUGGGCCAGCCAGGGGAGUGGACCAUGCUGGACCUUGGCUUAAAUGAACACUUGUUUUGACUGCCAAGGAUGGAAACUGAAGAAGGAACAUCUCUGUUGGUUCAUUUAGAGACAGCUGUUGGGAGAAAGGAAUACCUGAGAAAAGUGGAGGACAGGAAUCCACUCACUGGAUAAACAGAGCGCUGGAGGGGUGACAGAUCAGUAGCACACCGAGGAAGCUACAAAACACUUUAUGGAUUUUAACUGCCACGUUUGAUAUAAAGAAUCCAUCUGUUUUUGUUUCAAGGCGAGCAGUUUGCAGCUGUCUUUUACCUAUAAUGGCUGUUGUGUAUUACAUGAUAUGAAGA